AUGUCUCACGUAUAUGUAAGAUCCAUCUCAUCUGCGUCAUCGGUGCUUCGCUCUUUCUUCAUCGUCGCCCCAAUUGAUUCAGAUUGUUGUUCCUCAGGGUUUGCGACUUCCAGUUCUGUCAACAUUAAAGUCACUCUUUUGUAUUCUUCGGCUUUCUCCGGUGAAGUCGACAACAUGAUAACCCCUAUCACGCAUCAUCUCCACACAUCUGCAAGUGACCACCGAGUGUCCGAGUCCAUUAUGCACCUUCUCCCUCUAUGUGACAACAUCCAAAAGGAAAGCCAUCACAGUAAACUAGGGUUUCUGUUAUCAGAAUCGAGGGCAGUGACAGAGUUUCAAAAGACCAAAGAUGAUGAACAAGAACAAUGUAAUGGCUACUGGAUUCAAUUGACAAAGGGCGCAGUUGGCUUUGUUGAGACAGUCCACGGUCUGCCACUGCAAGAAGGCAAAUCCUCAGUUCACCAGAUAGUAGAAGUGAACAAAACCAAGAAGGGAAAGUUUGCAGUUGAACUCAUACGAUUUCUGUUAUCUUCACAGUGAUGAUUUACUUUGUAUGCUACCUGUUAAAUUUUUAAUCAAUAUUUUGAAAGUUGAAACUUAAAAUGGGUGAAAUGUGGCAUUGGAUUAGUUUAACGUAUCUAAUCCCGCAAAGCGGGAUUCUUCCCUAUUUUUUAUUAAUUAUAUUAAAUUUUAUUAAUUGUCUUGUAGGAUUGUACAAAAUAUGAUAUAUUUCAAAAUUUAUUUUUUAUCCACCU